AUGACGAGGCCAAGCGAAGCUAACAUCCUGCUAACUGCUAAGAAGUUCUUGCUGCAUCCGUCAUCGGACCCGAUUGCUGGUCGUCUAAGCUGCUUGGCCUUAAGGCAAUUGCUGAUGCUGUACGGCAUGUUCAACCAGGAUGUAGACUUUGACGUCACGUUACGGAUAGCAGCUAACCCGUCGAACAACUGCCAACAACCCCCAGGUGAUAUGGGGGAACUUCGGCGGAAGGUGUACAUUACUGAACAAAUAGUCGGAAACAUCGAGAAAAGAGUUCAAAGCCUGGGAAAAAAAGGAACCUUACAAACGUGCUUCGAUGUUCGGAAUUUCCAAUCCGGAAUAUAUCAACUACAGCCGCAAAACUUAUCCCUGCGAUCGUUCAAAGCUUUAUGUGACAACGAUUAUUCGGAUGGAGGCUGGACGGUGAUCCAGAAUCGUUUCAACGGCUCCGUGGACUUCUACAGAGGCUGGAAGGACUACGAGGAAGGAUUUGGAGAUCUGGAAGGCGAAUUCUGGUUGGGAUUGGAGAAAAUUCAUCAACUCACCUCUUUCAAGCGGCACGAGUUGCACGUGCUUUUGAAGGACUUCGAGGGUAAUUCCAAGGUGGCCAAAUACGAUGACUUCCGGGUGGCCGAUAAGGCAGAGAAGUACACACUGGAGAGCCUCGGAGAGCACGGCGGAACAGCAGGGGACUCGCUUCAUUAUAAUCGCGGUGAAAAGUUUAGAACUUUCGAUUCAGACACUGCUCGAUCUAUAGCAAAAUUAUUUGGUGGUGCUUGGUGGUACCAUAGUUUAUUCCAACCCCAAAGCAAUCUCAACGGAAAAUAUACUGUUGAGGGUGUGGACAGCCGUUGGAAAGGAAUGUUCUGGAGAGAUCCAGACGGCAUCCUUCCAUACUUGUAAGCGUUGCUAGUCUGUCGAGGAUGUUGCAGUGAUCUUGCUGUAGAUUGGUUAAAUAAUGUUGCAGUGGUGUUCGUGGGGGUUAAGGGUUUCUCCUUGGCGAAGUAGUUCACCCAGCCACCCUAACCCGGCGAACGACUUGGCGAAAAAGUUCGUUCGGCAACCCACCACCAGAGGGCCACCAAGAGAUGCGAGCCGCUAAGGUCGAGCGAAGAGGCGAAAUCUACAAUCGGGCGAAAUAUACGAGCAAAAAACGAGGGCAACGAUCGGGGAUGGUUCAAGGCCGGUCAAGAAUGAAAUGACCAAGGCAUUUGCCGAUAGUUCGCGAACGCAUUCAGAUCAAGCACAAAAAGAUCUUUUAAAGUGUCCCGUUUUUUAAAGACACGACCAUUUAAACACUACAUUUAAAAGCCAAAUUGUAGUAUUAUCACAAUAUUGGUCAAACUUGUGGACCUGUGAAAGUAGUUAGCUGAAAAGGAUACUCAGCUGACGGAACAUCAGGUAACCAUCCGCCAUUUUGUUCGUUGCCCCAAAAAUCGUCCCCUAAUUUGCCCUGAACAUCAACAGGACCCCGCUGUUCCGAGUUUAAAGGCCAUUCAAACUCAACUCGAGAGAGACGUGCAAUAAGCUCUACGCCGUCGACCGACAACCGUUACGCCGUCGGUUUGACCUACACCGGUACCUGGUUCAGCACCCAAGGUGGGGCCAGGUACGCCGUUGAAAUUCGCCACUUCGCUUACCUUCGAAGCCACAACCGUGCCCGGUUCAGCACCCAAGGUGGGGCCGGGUACAUUCAGCGAGAACCUGUCGACCUCCCAGUUGUCAUCAACGAACCCGAGCUUGACACCGAAGGAGGAAGGAGGAGUACGUUCCCACAACGUUCUCGCAGCGCAGUAUAAAGGUUAGAUAGAUAGCAAUAAGAAAGUGGGGGAGGAACUGCAAACCUUAAAUAAAGGGUACUAACUAAUUAGCCUAGGAGUUUUACCUUAGUCUUCCCGAACUUCCCUGCAACAUAG